AUGAAGGUUAUAAUUGUGACAGGUGCAUCGCGUGGCAUUGGCGCGGCAACCGUUGACAGAUUGUGCUCAACCCCCGACGUGGUUGUAGUAGGGGUUGCACGGGCGGAAACCAAAUUGCAGGAGCUGAAGGCGAGACAUGGCAAGAAAUUCGACUAUGUUGUCGGAGACGUCACUGACGAGCGUGUGGUGCAGGCCGUGAUCGAUAAGGUGUCCUCGGAGUAUGGGCGGCUAGACGCUGUCGUAGCGAACGCGGGUGUCUCGUACCAACAACGCAUCGCGGAGGCGGACAUCAAGGAAUGGAGACGCCUAUUCGAGAUUAAUCUGUUUAGCGUCGUGAAUCUGGCCAGCAAGGCGCUUCCACUGCUACGUAAGUCGCAGGGCGCUUUCAUUGCCGUAACCUCGGGGCUCAGUCAGAUGGGCCAUCCUGCGCUGGCAGCUUACGCGUCGUCCAAAAUCGCUUUGAAUCACUUUGCUCUGAUCCUUGCGAUGGAGGAAACUGAAAUUCGGUCACUCGCAUUGGACCCCGGCUUGGUCCAGACCGACAUGACAGCUGCUGCGCUCGUUGCUGCGGACAAGGCGGCUGGAACGCAGGACAACUCCGUAAGGGAACUGACCAAGCAGAUCCGCAUGGUUUCGCCAGAAGAGCCCGGUACCGUCCUGGCCGCCUUGGCAGCGAAGGGCAUUCCCGAAGAAUUGAACGGCAAGUAUGUGACAUUCGACAGUGAGAAACUGGCAGCUUACACUAAGUUGUGA